GUUUCAACCAACUCCAAUCACCCCUGUGAACAACCGCAGUCAUCUUUCACCAACACCAGCAAGCACGACAACUUAAUCAAUUGCGACCUGAUUCUCUCUAAUCGACAUGGAUUUCUGGCGUGUACUCACACAUGAGGCGCCUAUGUUUGUCUGGCCCGUCAAAUUCUGUGUGGCCAUGACUGUCGUCACAUACGUGCUCUCCAUCCUGACUAGCAACGUGUCCCAGGUGGACAGAGUCUGGACGUUUCUUCCAACAAUAUACACUGUAUACUAUGCUUUGCUGCCACUUUGGCCAUCCGAUCCGCUUGCCUAUCUCUUUCCCUACACCCCUGAUACAAUCUCCGCAUCUCUGAGGGAGACCUACAGUCCACGAGCCUUGCUAAUGGCAAGCCUGGUGGUGACAUGGAUGUUCAGGUUAAGUUACAACACUUGGCGACGUGGUUUGUUUAGUCUCAAGGAUGAGGAUUAUCGCUGGGAAAUUCUGCGACAGAAAAUUCCCCCUUUCCUCUUCCAAGUUUUUAACCUCACGUUUAUUGCAAUCGCGCAGAACAUAAUCUUAUUCCUCUUGGGCCUUCCAGCCGCCCGUGCAGCGGCUCAACCACAUACACCCCUCUCGACUUCGGAUUAUAUCCUCGGAACUCUAGGAUUUCUCACCAUCCUCACCGAGUUUAUCUCAGACAACCAGCAAUACUCUUUCCAGACAUUUAAACAUACCGGAAAGCUGAACCCAAAUGAAUGGCCUGGUGCAAACAUUCAAUGGACCAAACAAGAUGCUGAACGGGGAUUUGCGACACGCGGUUUAUGGGCUUGGUCACGGCACCCAAAUUUCCUGUGCGAACAGAGUUUCUGGAUCAUAAUCACCCUUAUCCCCAUCCUCUCACCUGAUUCACCGAAGCUCGACUUCCCGCCGACUUCACUCGCAUCUCUCACACCCUUCCUUCCAUGCGUAGUUCUCUGCAGUUUGUUCUUCUCUUCGACGAUUUUUACCGAGUCGAUAUCGAAGGCAAAGUAUCCCGUUGCAUACUCGGCUUACCAAGAGCGUGUGGCAAUGUUUGUGCCUUUGCUCACCCCCGUAUGGGGGGCGCUUCUGGGCGUUCAGGGCAGAAAGGGGAGUGUCGAUUCGCUGGUCUAUGGUACCGGACCGGACUCCAAGGGAAAGGGAAAAGCUGAGUGAAGAUCUUUGCACGUGUUCGAUAUCGAAGUUUUUCUCCAUCUCCGUAUAUAGCUGUUUCCCCUGUCAUACAUCGAAAAUAAAUUAUUGACUGAUCUUGUAAGAACAAGUAUGUCUUGGUGAUUUUAAAA